ACCAAUUCUUCAUUUUCUUCCAGAAAAAAAAAACCAUACCGAUUUCGUCAAUCUCAUCUUCUGUAGAUGAUUAAUUCAUAGAUAUGUUAUCAUCUUCGUCGUCGAGUUCGAUGAUUCGUCGUGUUGUUCCCUUCUUCACCACCCGGAUUCGUCAAAAUUACCGACUUUUGAAUUCCUCAGCUUCUGCUCUAUCACAGCCCCAAUCUCAAUCUCAAUCUCAAGUCGAAGCUACAGAUUCCGUUGUAAUGACUGAGAACUGCGUUCGUAGGAUUAAAGAGUUGCAAGCUGGCGAACAUAAAGAGAAGAUGCUUCGUUUGAGUGUUGAAGCUGGCGGUUGUUCCGGGUUUCAAUAUGAAUUCUCUCUAGAUGAUAAGACCAAUUCGGAUGACAGAAUUUUUGAGCAUGACGGAGUUAAAUUGGUUGUGGAUAAUGUAUCAUUCGAUUUUGUCAAAGGUGCAACUGUUGAUUAUGUUGAGGAGCUGAUCCGCUCUGCUUUUCAGGUAUCUACCAAUCCAAGUGCAGUGGGUGGGUGCAGUUGUAAAAGUUCCUUUAUGGUGAAACAGUAAUUUGACACUUCUGUAGCAUUCAGCCCAGAAAAUCAGCAUUCCUCUAAGCUGGAUAUGGUUUACUGCAAGGCCUAACCACUUUAUUAUGUUAGUCAAUCUGGUGUAUCUAUUCAUCACAUUCUUCUACCGUUAAGGUAGCAAGACCUGCAUUAUGAGAAUUUAUACUUGUGAGGCGAUAGAUUCUUUAUUUGUACAUGCCAUUUUUUUGCCUUGAUGGGGCUAGUUGGAAGUGCAGAAUCUGGCUGUUAAAAAAUUAGGCAGGUGGGUAGGCUGUUGUAUUGUAGGCAAUAAUUCCAGUUGAAGAUAUGGUUAGUUUUGGCUGGAGACAUUGUACAAGGAAUUUUGAAGUGAAGGGUUUCAAACAGAACACAUGUUACUCUUAGUUAUUGAAAUAAAGGUCCGAGGGCAUGUGG